UCACCCACCCGCCCCGGGUCCUGCAGGACAGGGGACCCCGCGGCAUCAUGGCAGCGCUGCAGAACGAGGGGGAGGCCCAGAAGCUGCGAUUCGGGCCCUGGCUGGUGAGCGCCGUCAGCAGCGGGAACUACCGGGGGCUGCGCUGGACCGACCCGGCCCGCAGCGCCUUCCGCGUCCCCUGGAAGCACAACGCCAGGAAGGAUGUCACCAGCAGCGACCUGGAGGUCUUCAAGGCCUGGGCAAAGGCAAGUGGGCGGUAUGAGGGGUGCCCCGAGGACCCGGCCAAGUGGAAGACCAACUUCCGCUGCGCCCUGAGGAGUACCCGCAUGUUCGUGCUGCUGGAGGACCGCUCCAAGUGUGGUGACGACCCGCACAAGGUCUUUGCCAUCGCCCCAGACGCCCUCUGGCACGGCGAGGAGGGAGAUUUUGUCAGCUCUGACCCUGCAGUGGACCAGCAGCCGCAGCUAGAGCUUGAUGCUCAAGAGGUGGCCCCAGAAAUCACUCCCCCAGGCAGCACCGACCCCACACGGCCCCCGAUACUGGAGGAGCUGGAGACACUGCAGUGGGUGCUGCAGCAGUGCGACAUCUCCCCCCGCAACCUUGGCCCCCCGACCCCAUCCUGGGCGCCUGCAGGGGACGCCCCCCACCAGGACACCCAGCACCAGCCUCACCCAGAUCCCAGCCAAAACAACUGCCUCCCCCCGCCAGCAUUUCAGCAAUGGGUGCCCGCAGUGGAGCAGCCCCCCUUGGGUGCCUACAGCCCCCCGGACCCCAUGCUGCUGGAGGAGCAAGGGGCCAUGCCACUGCCGUGCCACCCGCCGGAGGUCACGGUCCCUGUGCCAUCCCCAGGGGAGGCGAUGCUCUUCGUCCCCGCCACCAGCCCUGUGCCACCGCCACCACCGCCAGAGGAUAACACAGAUGGCAUCAUCCCUAUCCUGGACGUCAGCAUCUACUACCGGGGGAAGCUCUUUCACCAGGAGGAGGUGGGGGGCAGCCAGUGCCUGCUGGCGUACCAGCCCUCUGACCCAGCCGUGGCCCUGCGCCCCGGGCGCCUGGUGCGCUUCCCCAGCCCCGCCGAGCUGGCUGACGGCAAGCAGCGGCGUUUCACCGAGGAGCUGCUGGGCAGUGCGGGGCUGCAGCUGGAGCAACGUGCCCGCAAGCUCUUUGCCACCCGCCUGAAGAAGUGCAAGGUCUUCUGGGCCCUGUCCCAGCAGCUCGAGGGUGUCGGGGACCCCCCGCCGAACCUGCUCUGCCGGGACCAGGAAACCCCCAUCUUUGACUUCAAUGAGUUCUGCACAGAGCUGAGGGACUUCCGCAACGGCCAAAGGCAGCGGUCCCCUGACUUCACCAUCUACCUCUGCUUCGGGCAGUCCUUCUCCAAGGCCAAGCCCAAGGAGUCCAAGCUCAUCCUGGUCAAGCUGGUGCCCAAGUUCUGUGAGUACUGGUACGAGCAGGUGCUGCGGGAGGGAGCCUCCUCCCUCGACAGCGGCACUGUCAGCCUGCAGCUCUCCAACUCCUUCAGCCUCUUCGAGCUCAUCGAGCAGUGCAACAUGCAGAUGGAGUGACCCCCACCCACCCUGCUCCCUUGUGGCCCCCCAGGACAGGCACCAGCCAGCAGGGGCCCACCGGGCAUUGGGGGCCAUGCAAACCGGCAUCCCCCCAGGAACACCGUGGCAGGAUGCCUAUGGUGGGGACCUUUCCUCCUCCACUCCCCCCACCCCAAGGACAGCUUCACCGGCCGGUCCCGGAGCUGACACGUUGCUUUUCCCCCCUCUGUCAGCUGCUAACGUGUGUUUUUUGUGGAGUGUGGUCAUUUACAGAUUUAUUUUCUUAAGUUUUCUAAGUUUAAAUAUAUAUGUAUAGAAAGGUG